GAAAACCGUGAUGGAUCGAAGUAUAGAUUCGAUUGGAAGUUGCUCAUUAGAUGCCGACUCAACAGACUUGUCAGUAGAUACCUCUGAGAGCCUUAACUUCAUUUCACCAUCAGCUACACGUGAAGAUUUUACAGCUGGUAUAACUGAAAGGUGUCGUAAGAUACAACAACCAAGUCCACUCACACCGAAACUGAUACUCAAUCAACCGAUUAAUCAUACCACAACUUAUUUUGACAUAAACUCUGGAAAGAUCAGCACCAUAGUGUCGCGUGCUGGUGAUACAAACGGUCGAUAUUUUAAUGGAAUGUCAACCGAAAGCUUUCUAAGUAAGAAAACGAUCGAACUUCAAUCACCAACAGUAGUAGCUCAUGCAAAUAAAAAACCAAGUUACCUAAAUUUAGCGUGUUGUGUCAACGGUUACAGCAAUUAUACAAACUACGAUUCGAUUGAACGUAAAGAAAUUAAUAAAUCGAGAGAAGUUUCACCAAUUCGACCGAUUAUCAGCUCAAUCAGUAUGUCACGUCAACAGAGAUCAAAUGAAAAUCUUUUAUCGGUGCCACAACCUGUGACCUUCGUCAAACAAUCGCCACUUACAAGCAUCACGAAAAGGUUUGCGGCGCUAAACCUUCAUGAAAAGGAUACUGUGGAUAACGCGAGUUUAAUGACGAAUGGAAGCAGUAGUAGUAGUGUCGCUAAUCGAAAAAGUUUCAUACAACAGCGUGUGGAGAAAUUAUAUGGCACGACAAAAAUUCUCACGACAAUGAAAUCAUCAGAUAGCAUUCAACUUAAUGGCAAUGGAACGAUAACUCAUAUUAAUGGUUCAAGGAAUGGAACCAACGGUACGAUAGUGGAUGAGAAAGAAAAUGAUGAAGAAUCGAUGAAUUCUUUGCCAGUCAUGAAACAUUUGAGGCCUGAGUUUUGUAAACAAUUACAAUUUAUGAGCUCACCUAAGAAGUCAUUGACAAGAACAAGCACAGGAAAUAUUUUACUUAAAUCAGAGCAGAAAAAAUCCGUUGAAUUUAAAUCUUUUGAAAGCAGUAACUCUGGUAAUGAUUUGAAAACAAUUGAAAACAAUAUCACAUCAGGCAACACUGAAUUGAUAACCUCUAAAUCGCCGCUAAUUACAAAAGAAAUUUCUAAAGAUCAAUCAAAAUUGGAGGUAAAGAGUGAAGAUUCGAAAAACUUACCUAGUAAAGUAAAAGAGGAUCAGGUUGCAGCUGUCAUUAACGAAGAAAAAGUUUCAAAUAACACUCCAAUUAUGCAAAAACAUGAAAUAAAUGUUAUCAACAAAAUGGAAUCUGAAAUUAAAUCAACGCAAGAUGAGAUAAAAGAUGGUCAUUAUUUCCUUAAACUACUCCAUAAAGAGAAAACAAGAAUCCUUGACUUAGCAGAAGUAACUGAAAAAGAAUUGAUGCAGUUACAAUCGAAUCCAUCAACAAUACCUUCAGAAGAAAUUAUUGGAUUGGUGCUUGCUGCUAUAGGUAAAGGUCGCUUAUUGGCCACUAAAAAGUUCAAACAAUUUGAAGGUUUGUGUCAAGAAAAUCUCAAUCCAAGUUCGGAUGGUCCACAAACAUUAUCAGGAGAUUUACAAGGUUUCUGGGAUAUGAUGAUGCUUCAAGUAGAUAACAUUGAUGCUGCAUUUAAUGAAAUUGAUAAAUGUCGUGAAAAUGGAUGGAAGAAACCAGAGCCACCAACUCCUCAACCACCAAAAGGAAGUCGACUAACAAAACGACCGCUCACACAAGCGCAAUCAAGUCGAACAAAAUCAAACGUUCCAUUAAAAAAACCCUCGACAACUUCAGGAGUGUCUGAAGCAGCACAGAAAAGAGACGAGCAACGAAGAAAGCUUCUUGAAAUGAAAAAGAAACAAAAAGCACUCAUUCAGAAUGAUGCAGAUGAAAAUGCUAUUAGUGUGGAGCUUGUUGGAGAUCAUCAACUCAAUGUCGAUAGUAAAUCUAAUGGAAAUGUUGAAAUUAUCCUUUAAGGUAAUCAACACUCAAACUUCUCGUUUCCUUGAACAUUUUUUACAAUUUAAAAUGUCCUGUUUUGUAAAUUUAUUCAGAAAAUUAUUUUUUUCUUACUUUCAUCACAGUACAGUUCAUAAAAUCUUUUUAAUUGAUAAUAAUUCUCUGUCACAUUAAGUUAAACUUCAUUUAAUUAAUUAUUUAAUCCAAGUUAUUGUCGAGUACAUUUGCUCGAUUGAAAACAUAUUUAAAAAAGUUAUAAAAUUCCAAUUUCUCUAUUAAUAAGCACGCACCUGUCAAAGUGUGUAAAAUUUCUCUCCGGAAAACAAAAGAAAAUUAUGAAAUAAUGUUAAGAGUAAAAAGUCCGUUUAUGCCAAGAAUUGUGUGGAUGCUUUGAUCCUGCGGUCAACUGAUGAUGACUUUUAUUUUGCUUUGUCAUUUCAUCACGCAGGAUAUUGUGCUGUAAUGAUCUGGAAAAUUUAAAUACAUUUACGACAAGCUUGAUGUUCGAACUGACAUCUGAUAAGUGAAAAACAAAAAUUAUUUGACUGAUUUUUUAUUGGAAGCAAGGAAAAAAUAUCCAAUUUACACUUUUUUAGUCUGAAUUCAUUCGUUCCAUUUCACCUCUAACAGUUUAAUCACAUUCUAACAGCCUUAAAAAUAAAGUUGAAAAAAAGAAAGUUAAGAAAAAAAUAACAAAUUUAAGUCACCGUACACUUUGUUAGUUAUAAACUUUAAUAAAAGACCAGUUCUGUAAUCUUGUCCCUGUCCUUAUAAAAAAUUAACUUUCACCUCAACCUAACACUUUCGCUUAAUGCAAAUUAGAUUAUAAUGAAUUUGUUGUGACAUUGCGAUGAUCGCAGGUUAUGGAAAGCGUUACUAUUUAGUGAGAAGAAUGUUUAAUUUUUAUUGACGAAAAACAGAUUCUCUAUAUUUUGGAUUUAAGAGAUCUACCUAAUUAAAAAUGACGAAUAAAACUACGCAUUGAUACAAAUUGAUUGGUUUUAUUAUUCUCUUACAUUACUAC